AGCAGAAUCCACCUCUUGUUCUCUUACCAUCAGCCUGUCUUACCAUCAGCCUGUGUUCCUGUGUCCUUGCAUUGCCAGGUUUGCGCCAUGUCUAGACACAGAUACGUACGAAAUAUCGAUAUCAAUGAGGAGCUGGAGGAGGACGUGCUAUCAGACGGGGGAGAAGAGGAGCUUUUUCCAGAGGAGUACGAACAGCUAAUGCGCGGACUUGAGCAAGUCAGAGUCACUCUGGGCUCUGAAGAGCAGUCCGACAUAUCUGAUGAAGAUAUCAAAGACGCACUUUCCUACUAUAAUUAUGACGUCCAUCAAAGCGUCAACUGGCUUUUGGAAGAACAGGAGAAGAGAAAGGCUGCUAGAGAGCGUAAAGGCGAAAAAUCACUCCCUCCCCCACCUGAAGCCUACGAGGAUGCUGGUGCUGAUAUGCGAACCGUAUAUCCUGGUUUACCGUCAAGCGCUUCAGGAAGAUCGAACAUUCCUUUGAUUAGACUGGCACCGAGUCAGCCGCAAGAGGAGUUUGAGUAUUCUGACUAUACGCCGAGCGAGUCUCCACGCCGUCAGCUCAGCACGAUCACAGAGCGGACAGAGCAGAGCACUGAUACAGGUAGUCUGACGCCGAGAGCUCGCGAGCCUAUAAGUCUGCCAAGGACCCCAUCGGUGGCAAGCACCAGCGACUACGGAGAGGUAAUUGUCCGUCCGGACCAAGAUACCAACUUGGUGCCUUCUUCCUCGUCUGCUGCUCGGCCACUUUCCAAUGUCGUACCAGCAAUAUCAAUGUCGUCCUCCGAAUCUCGCACGGCCACGCCUACUACCAUGUCUCCUGUGUCCACGUUCAGUGCGCCUGUACCGUCGCUGUCGUCCAUCCCGGACAUACCGUCCUUGCAUACGAAGAAGUCAACUAUACGUCCUGGAAGCGAGAAGAAGUCGAAGUUAUCUGCUCUUGCCGGCUCUAGGUCAAGCGCAAGGUCAGCGGGAUCCAGUGUCAUUUCCGCGAGCGAAGCCUCUAGGUCUCAUACACCAUCGGAGGAGGAGUCCUUGGCGACUUUCCCGUCGCUGAGACCGACUUCGGCGUCACUGAUGUCGAAGAGAUACGAUGAUCAAUCAUCUAUCUCUGGAACGUCAUCCAUGUCAAUGCAUGUCCGCCGAGCGGUUCAGACUGCUCUAGAUCUGGAAGCUCCUGACCGGAUCGCGAGUUCAUCUGAAUCACGCUCCCAUCAUCACCACCACGCUUCGCUCUCGCAGGAUCCUUCUGAGUCUGCCACUGCUCAGCCGCUACCUGAGCCACAACCUCAACGAUCUCCUCCCCAAGCAAUGAUUUCUUCCCCUCCUACGAGGACAGCUGUGCCGAUUCCUGAAAGUAGCGCAGCACAGCUACAUCAUCGCCGUUCUCACCUACCAACCCCGCCGGCCACUGAGCAAGCAGCGACGGUGCCGCCUCAGGAAAUUGCUCCUGAUAGUAACCUCCCAGUAUCGGAGGUGAUACGCCUCCCUGCGCUAUCAGAAGCAACAGCUCGUCAAUCCUCGAAGCUUGCGAAGCUGGCUCAAGCAAAGGCGCAACAGGGACCGUGGAUGCCAAAGCCGAGGAAGUCGUCAGCAGAGCAGUUUAAUCCCUUGCAAUUGCGUGGCAGCCACACGAAAUAUAUGAUGCCGAUUGCCAACGGUCCCACAGCGACAACAGCAAUUACGACUUCAUACCAGACUCUUGCCAGUCUAGCAACGGCAGCGCGGUCUGAGCUUCCUCCUUCCAUACUCCCUUCAGGACGCGUGGGCGAUUUUUUGGCACCAAGAGUGGAUCACGGAGGAGUUGAAACGAAGACGUCGAAGUUAGCUAUGAAAAGCCGUAAAGCACAUCAGAAACACGAGCCUGAGCCUGCUAUUGACAAGCCCCAGCCCACUCCGAGCGAGCUUCCGCUUUUCUCGCCUAAAGGCACCCGCACCCACAAGUCCAGCACGCGACACGGGCGGACGGAGAAGGGAAGGGAGGAGAGAUCACGCUCGUCAGAACGCCAGGCGGCCGGCUAUUCUACCAGGACUCGCACUGGUUCAUUGAGUCAUCGUGAGAGACGGGAGACGGCCCUCUCCUCUGUGGCUGAGCUGUCACCGCUGGCUGGUUUCGCCUUCGAUAUACCCAGUCCUGACGAUAUUGUAUCCAAUGCUCGGAGGGGGACAUCUUUGGCAGCACGUUCUGGUUCCGGUCCUUCAUCAGGGUCGCAUUCUGCUCCUUCCGGGCGUUCUGCUCGCGGUCAUUCUGCAGUUGACGCUGUUGCUUCCUGAUCGAGCUGUAUUGACAUAUGCUAACUAUUCAAUUUGUAUCAAUAUAUUCCAGCUGCUAAGGAACGCGAGAAGGCUGCGAAACUGGCACAGCACAAAAAGGAGACUCAGACGAGUGCAACAGCGUCGGCCGCUGCAAAGGUACCUAAAAAAAGAUGCCUCCUCCAGAGGAAGAACCACCGAAGGCGGCGAUUGCACUUGAUAAGCUAUUGGACGAAGUCAAGAAGGAGUUGCAGGACCGCGAACA